UCAUGUUGUUCGUGACUUAGAGCUCAUUCACUAUCAUAUCUUUUAAUCAACGUACGAGUUAUAGUUUAAACUAUCCAGGUAAACUUUUGAUGUAAGGAAUUCCAAAUUAACUAGCGCCAUGAAAACAAAGGAAGAAUUAAAGAAGAUCGCUUCCAACGCUAUUGAUAAUGCAGCAGUUGAACUCAAAGAAAUCAGUGACCAGAUUUGGAAACACCCGGAACUUGGUAACGAGGAAUUUUACGCACACGAUCUUCUAACAGACUUCCUGGCUAAACAUGGAUUUCAGACGGAGAAGUCCUAUAAAAUGGACACAGCUUUCCGUGGAUCAUACGGCUCUUUGUCUGUCGGGCCAAAUGUUGCAAUUUUAUGUGAAUAUGAUGCCCUUCCUAGUCUAGGACAUGCAUGUGGUCAUAAUCUUAUCUCAGAGUUAGGCUUAGCCGCUGGUAUUGGCAUAAAAGCUGCAAUAGAACACGGGGAUGAGCAUUGCGGAAAGGUUACUGUUCUUGGUACACCAGAUGAAGAGGGACACGGUGGUAAGAUUGAACUUAUUAAAGCUGGAGCGUUUGACGACGUCACCGCUGCUAUGAUGUCACAUGGUUAUCCAAUUAGCGACCCAGCACCUGUUCUUCUUGCCAGAGAAACAUUGGAGGUUACCUUCUACGGAAAGGCCUCGCAUGCUGCAGGAUAUCCUUGGGAAGGCGUGAACGCUUUAGACGCAGCUGUUACAUGCUAUAACUCUAUAGCAUGUCUUCGACAACAGAUUAAACCUACAUGGAGGAUACACACAAUAAUAAUAGAGGGGGGUGAGAAGGUUAAUAUCAUUCCGGAGAAAGCAGUUAUUCAGGUUUGUGUUCGGGCACCAACUAACAAAGAAAUGGAGGAUCUAAAAGCUAAAAUUACAGAAAUUUUGAAAUCAUCAGCAAAAGCAAAUGGGUGUCAGGUAGAAUGGAUAACAUCCGACCAGCCGUUUGCUGCUAUGGUCAACAAUCCAACGCUCGUUUCUCUAUACGAGCAAAAUAUUUCUUUAAUACAAACAGACACGGUGCCGAGUGCAAAGGGCGGUCACUACGGUUCGACCGACAUGGGAAAUGUUUCUCAGGUUGUUCCCAGUAUAAGGCCUAUUUUCUACUUUGGAAGUGACGAAGCUAAUCAUACCCGUGGAUUUGCAAAAGAUUCGGGCUCACCAAAAGCUCAACCGUACGCACUAAUUCAAGCCAAAGUUCUUGCUCAUACGGCUAUUGAUGUAUUUAUGGAUACACGACUACAACAAGAGAUUGAAAAAGAGUUUAAACAGAUGAAUCUUAACUAAAUUUCUGUGAUAUUGACUAAAAUCACCGGGAUUUUCUAGUUACCAGUGUUUUAUAAAUUUUACGUAAGCAUUAUUUAUUCCCUGUUUUGAGUGUUAUUCUCUAUCAUUUGCAUAUUUUCAAUCAAUAACCGUCAUCAUUUACAUACCUGUUGUAUCACAGUUUGAGGACCUUUCUGUUGAAAAUGUGUCAGAGUUAAAUCGUAUGCAAAUACAUGCACAGUGCGUCAAUUGGUGUGCAGCUAUAAGUUACCCACACUCCAGGGCAUGCCCACUGAUGGCUCAUUUUUGCUGGGGUUUACUUAUUGUGACGGCAUAGAAAAGGAAAGCAAUAGAAAUAUCAUAUUCAGAUGCUUGUUCAAUUGUUACUUUUUUCUGGGGAUUCAUAUUGUGACAACAUUGAACGUGUUUUUUUUAUGUUUGACUAUGAUACAAAAGAGAAAGAACAUCAAAAUACUCGGCAAUCUGAUUAAUACUCGUUAGUUACGCCUCCUGGUACAAAUCAGAUAGCCGCAUGUUAUGAUGUUCUUUCUAUUACUUUAAAAGUGAUUUUGCCUUCAUAGAGUGUGAGUAUUUUAUUUUCAAAAAGUUAAGUAAAGCCGUACGUAUAACCUUCAACAUUAAGUCAUGUAUUUGUGGUGUGUGUUUUGCUUAAAUCAUGGUAUGUUUGUAAAUCCUUUUUAUGUUGAUAUAGACCGAAGGCCAAAAUCAAAUAAAUCUAUUGUCAUUGUCAUGGCUUAAAGUUAAGAAUGUCUUAGAAUAAACAGACAUUAGAUGAAAAGUAAGCAUUCAUUUUUUAAAUUUACCUUUUUUUAUGUAUAUCGUUAACUGAAAGUAACGAAAAAUUAGCUGUAUCAUUUCUUGAAACACAAAAAUGUUUCAUUCUGGAAUCAAGAAGUUUAUCACAGGUUGUCUGUGGUUCUGUGUUGCUGGAUUUUGUUGGGGACUUGCUGUUAUUGAAUGCCGCCUUUUCUUUUUAAUCUUUAUUCUGACAACCAACAUCCACUAGGAGAAUACACUUUAUUGUUGUUAUGAUAUCUCUGAUAAUAGUAAAACGCUAACAGAUAUGUCGUUUUAUAUAGUUAUAGAACUAUUUAUGCAAAAUUAUUAACAAUGACUACAAAUGACAAGGCGUAUCUGUCAGUUGUUUAAUAUACAAAGUCCAUGCCAAAGACAAGUUUUAGUUAAAUUCUAUUCACGAUAGAUAGACUGAAAUCAGCAGAUAGCAAUUGGUGUCAUCAAAACAAGCAAAGCAAAAUACAAAGUCAUCAAACAGUGAAAGAAGUAUUUAUUACAUGCACAUUUUAUUAUGGUAAGAAGACAAGUAUGAAAGGUCUUGUGUGGUAUCUAUUGUAAAAAUGUUGUACCCAUAGUAUAAAUCUAUAAACCUUAAAAUUUU